UUACAUAUAAAAAGAUCGGCCGAGGAGCAUAAAUACCCCCAAACAAUCCCAUUUCGAGGCUUGCGCGUGCUAAUCGAAUUCUCCGUUUCCUUCACGCAGUUUCUUCUCUCAGUUUCGAUUCUCUUUUUAUCAUCACCUCACCAUCAUGGCGGACAAUCAAGACAAUGAUAAGAACAUCCAGAUGUGGAAAAUCAAGAAGCUCAUCAAAGCUCUUGAAGCUGCUCGGGGAAAUGGAACUAGCAUGAUCUCCCUUAUCAUGCCCCCUCGCGACCAGAUAUCCCGUGUAACGAAGAUGUUGGGUGAUGAAUAUGGAACUGCUUCAAACAUCAAGAGCAGGGUCAACCGGCAGUCUGUGUUGGGAGCCAUAACAUCUGCUCAGCAAAGGCUGAAACUUUACAGCAAGGUCCCCACGAACGGGCUCGUUCUGUACACUGGUACCGUCGUCAAUGAAGAUGGAAAGGAAAAGAAGGUUACCAUCGACUUUGAGCCAUUCAGGCCUAUAAAUGCUUCUCUCUACCUGUGUGACAACAAGUUCCACACAGAAGCUCUUAAUGAACUGCUGGAAUCUGAUGAGAAGUUUGGCUUUAUCGUGAUGGAUGGGAAUGGAACCCUCUUUGGAACUCUCAGCGGUAAUACCCGAGAGGUGCUUCACAAGUUUUCUGUUGAUCUCCCGAAGAAACACGGGAGAGGAGGACAAUCAGCCCUUCGGUUUGCCCGUCUCCGUAUGGAGAAGCGCCACAAUUAUGUGAGGAAGACCGCUGAACUCGCCACACAGUAUUACAUUAAUCCUGCUACAAGCCAGCCUAAUGUGGCUGGACUGAUCCUUGCUGGUUCAGCUGACUUCAAGACUGAGCUGAGUCAGUCAGACAUGUUUGAUCCCCGUCUUCAGGCAAAGAUCCUUAACGUUGUUGAUGUCUCAUAUGGAGGAGAAAAUGGAUUUAAUCAAGCUAUCGAGCUCUCUUCAGAGAUCCUGGCUAACGUGAAGUUCAUCCAAGAGAAGCGUUUGAUUGGCAAGUACUUUGAGGAGAUAAGCCAGGACACUGGGAAAUAUGUCUUUGGUGUCGAUGACACACUGAAAGCUUUAGAGUCUGGCGCCGUGGAAACCCUAAUCGUUUGGGAGAAUGUGGAUAUCAACAGAUAUGUGUUGAAAAACAAUGCCACCGGUGAAACGAUGAUCAAGUUUCUGAACAAGGAACAGGAAGCCGAUAUGGAUAACUUCAAGUCGGGAAACGAGGACUUGAACGUUGAGGACAAGAUGCCUCUCCUAGAGUGGCUGGCUAACGAAUACCGACAAUAUGGAUGCAGUCUAGAGUUUGUCACGAAUAGAUCGCAAGAAGGGUCUCAAUUCUGCAGAGGCUUUGGAGGGAUUGGAGGAAUUCUCCGUUACCAGCUCGACUUGAGCAACUUUGACGAGGAGGACGACGGAGAAAUCUAUGGUGAUUCUGAAUAACAAUCAGUCAACUUUACCACCUCGUCGCUGGUUCAGGACGACGAGGCAAUCAGGCCUGAACCAGCGUACGAGGGCUCUCGGGCGGAGGAACUGUACUUAUCCAGUCGUUUUGCAUUAAGGGGGUGGAGAGUAAAAAAAGAGGCUGGAGAGGUGCGGAACACAAACAAGCUUUUAGAGGACGAAUGAGUUUGGUCUGAAAGGGAGAUUGGAUAAGAUGUUAUCUUUAUCUUCGACAUGAAACUUGGAAAAGAUGUCUUUUCGGUACUAUGUUUUUAGACUUAGUUUUUCUGUACUUCUGGUUUGUCUUUUAUUC